CGGUUUCUAAAAUAAUCACAAAUAAAAUUCCAGAUAUUUCUUUUGUCCAGAAGUUCCAGAUCUUUCUACAACCUUCUUCCUCACAGUUCUUCCCCUCUUAAAACCUGACCAGUCCCAAAGCCGAAACCCUAUUCUCUCUUUUUUUAAAAAUUCUUUGUGAUUCUUUAGCUUCCCCAAAUCUCUCUCUGAUUCUCCUGAAAAUUCUCUCUUUCUUUGUUCUUGAUCACAAAUUAGCCGAAAGUACCAUGGCUUCUGAAGCAGAGGCGUCUGAGAUUGCUUCGUUUUUUGAAAGGAUUGUGAGGGAGAGAGACCUGUCUCUGUUCGUGCCUUUCAUCUUGGGCCUGGCAAGCGCUACCCCGAGAACUGACCCGGAAAACCCAGAUCAAGAAAACCCUGGAAGGCCGACCCCGCAAGAAAGACUCAUCUUCAUCAACCCUUUCGCUCAGACUAUGAUGGUGGUCGAAGGCGAUUCUCUGCAAGAGUUGGGUAUGAAGGAUGGCCAGCCACCGGCCUCGAAAGCCUCCAUUGAUGCCAUGCCCUGUGUAAAGAUUGUUGAAGGUGAUGGUGGGUCCGAGUGUGUGAUCUGCUUGGAGCAGUUUGAGAUUGAUGGUGUGGCCAAAGAGAUGCCUUGCAAGCAUAGGUUUCACGGUGGUUGUAUAGAGAAGUGGUUGAAGAUUCAUGGGUCUUGCCCAGUUUGUCGGUAUAACAUGCCUGUUGAUGAGGAAGAGCCGGGGAAGAAGAUAGAGGGCGCGGACAGAGAGAGGAGGGUCGAGGGAGAGAUUAGGGUUAGCUUUUAUGUCCAAGAGAGCACGAGAGCAAGUGAGGAUUCUGAGCAAACACCUUCAGGUGAUUUUAAUGCCAGUGAUUCCUCUUCAAGCCCAGCAGCUGAUCACGAUGAUAUGCAGAGUUAGAAAACAAAAAAUUUAAGAUUUCUUCCGUUCUUAGAAAUUUGUAGAAAGGAACUAGGAAGUGAUUUGUACAGGCUCGGAGCUUUAAGUUUCAUCCGGUGAAAUAGUAUUUCAAAUUUCUUUUGCCUCCUUUUUCAACUUUUAUCAUGAUACGAUGGUAAGGAGGAAUAUCAAAGUGAGUUGAUGAUGCAGAGAUCUAAAUGCUAUGCAGAAUUUCGAAUU